GCGCGAUGUCGGGAGUGCAAAAGAAGGCAGCCUGGGUAGUCUCCAAUCUUUGCUGUCUGGUCUGCAUCUGCGUCUGCAUCUGCAAUCGAGACUUGACAUCCCAGUUACAUCACAUCCAUCAACCACCACACACAACACCCCUGCUCCGGCCCAUGUCCGUCUGGCCCCGACCCGCCCGCAUCGCCGCCCUAUUCGCCGCCUUCCUGGCCAUCCUCCUCCUACUACAGCGCCAGGCCACCAACCCGCCCCUCACAGCCGCCAUGGCGUCCCCGGACGUGCUUUCCAAACUUGGCGUGUCGGUGUCGCAGUCGGCCGCGUCGCCGCCGACACUGGCUGUCAAGGUGGUCAACGGCAACGACGUGCCCGUCACGGUGCUGACGUGGGACUCGCCGCUCGACCCGGCCGCGCUGUCGCUGGGCCUCGUGCGCGUCACCCCCACCGGCGCCGCGGCCCCGCUCGAGCUGCCCACGCUCAUGUUCCGCCGCAUCAUGCCGCCGGCGCCCGAGCAGCUCGUCACCAUCGAGCCCGGCGCGGCCGUCGAGCGCGAGAUUGUGCUCAGGGACGAGGUCGUGCCCGCCGACAAGCUGUUUGGGAGCGGCGGCAGCCCGGCCCGCGUGGCGCUCAAGGGGAGGUGGACGUGCGUCUGGGUCAAGCGUCGGGAGGACAUCAGCGACGAGUCUCUCGACCGGACGAGCGGCGCCGACGACGCCUUCGAGGGCGAGUUUGAGUCCAACGAGAUCGAGGUCAAGAAGGCGUAGGGGGUCCCGGGGUUGUGCUGGUGGGGUGUUAGCAGGGGCAGUGGAAGCGCGCGGCAGAGCUGAUUUGCUUCGUUUGUAUCUAGGCUCCAUAGAUGAUUGCAGAAACAAACCAACCAUGGCGGCAAAAGCAUAUCGCCUAUCAAGAC